AUGAAGUGCUGGUGGCAGAUUUUUGUCCUGUGUAUCUUCUGGGUGCUCAUCUUGUGGCUAAUGACUUCCUACCUGGAUCUGACACCUGAAUCAGCACUCCAGGAAAAAAGAAUGUACUUGGGAACAUGGCAUUGCAACUGCCCUUGGUUCAAAUUCGGGAUGUGCGGCUGCCCUUCUGGGACCCUCAACUGCUCCUCCUGCUACUACACAGUCAGAGAAUGGAACUGGUUUGAUGCAUGCUAUGAGAAGACCAUGGGGUACCUGAUGCAGACAAAAGAGUCUAUGACUUCUGACAUUGGGCUGUGGUGGCUGGGCAUGAACUCAGCAAGUGUGUUUGGGAAAGUGUGGAAGAUGCUGUUUAAAGUUAUUCCCAGACCGUUGGUGCACCAUUUUGAUUUCUACUGUGAGACUUGUGCAGUGUUGGGGAACUCACUGAUCCCACCAGGUUCUGGCCUCAGCAACAACAUCGACCAGCACCCCAUGGUCUUCAGGUGGAAAUACCAGCAACCAGGGUCCUGGAGGUGGCUGGUGCUGCUGCUGCUGAAGCUUUCUGAUCUGUCAUGGACUUCAGACACUCUGAGUGGUGAGAUGGAGUGCAGGGUAAUCUUGGGAUUGCAGCAGCAGCAGGAGGAGGACUGUGAAGAUUUUCAGGGGUAA